AUGGGAUACGUUCAGCUCCCUGUUUGCAGCAAGGGAGCGACUGAGCCGAGUACAGAAGAGGCGAGGUAUUCCAAGCCCACCGACCACCCUGGAGAGUUCUACGAUGAGUCAGGGAACAUGAACAAGACGAAAUUCUACGACUUCUUCUUGAAGCAUAUCAAGACAAAGCCUGCAAAAUGGGACGACCCCGGAGACUGGCUCGGGCGGAUCCACGUCGACACAGAAUUGCUUCCUCCGGCGCUACAAGACCGUCCGCUCGACUAUUUCGCCAGCGAUUCGCCAGAGCUGCCAAUGGCGCAAAGGUGUCUCGAGCAUUUCAUUACUUUGACCGCCCGCGGGCGCUCCAAGGACGAGCAGCGAAGACAAUACUGCAAUGAACAGAACCUGCCAGGAAGCAGAGCUCUGAUCUGGCUUUUCCGGGACUACAACUCGGCGGAUUUGAGCAUCAACUUCGGGUUCUUGAAAGCUCUAGUCCAUUGCAUGGUCGCCGAGGGGGCCGAGAGCCACAUCUGGUCCUGGUUGAAGAUACCACACAUUCCUACGGUGCUAAUGCCGCAAGAAGGCCGUGAUAGGAUAGCCUGGCGUGGACCAAUGCUGCGUUUCCUCGUGGAGUCGCAGGCAUACUGGGCCGAAGGAGCCGACGGUAUCAAUGCAGCGCUCCGCAGUUUCGAGUACACAUGGAGCUUCGACGUACCCUUCCUAAAAGCUUGGCAGGAGGAGCAAAGCCCUCUAGCGAUCACAAAGGAGCUUGCUGGGGUUUGGAUUCUCAAGCAGCUGAUGUUCAAGGGUGCGAACACCACCGCAGAUGUCCAAUUGUAUGAUCGAUUCAUAUGGAGGAUAUCCUCAUGGACUCAAGUCUUCUCAGGCCGGCUUAAUCGCGCCGAUCUGCAUCGGAAGCAUCCCUCCCGGCCCACGGCAUUGCCAGCGUUGGAGUUCAUGCGGCACUAUCAACAGAUAGAUCCGCGACCCGGAUACGUCCACGAGCUAUUUCAAAGCUGGGGCGGCUUCGCGUUUCUGAUCAACUCUGCGAAAAUGCUUGAGCAACAGGGAUACGAGCAAGAAGCCCGCUGGAUGCUUGACAUUGGCCUUCUGGAGAUGCCGAACUAUUUCAAGCCCAAGGCUCGCAAUGAGGAAAAGACCAGAGGCAGCUUCUUCGGUUACAAAGCCGGCAAUCCAGGAGAAAGGCGACCAGUCCCCAGCGGCAACAAUCGUCAAUUUAUUCAGAGUGCAGCACUGAGUGACACGACAGGGCCGCGCAUACGCUGA